AUGUCCGACCCUAAGGAAUAUACCAUCGGUUGGAUUUGCGCGAUAAGUACAGAGUAUACUGCGGCGCAAGCUUUUCUUGAUGAGAAGCACCAGGCGCCAGACUUUCUAUCAUCUGCAGACAAUAACGACUACGCAUGUGGCAGGAUUGGAAAGCAUCAGGUCGUCAUUGCCGUCUUACCCGAUGGGGAAUACGGCAUAUCUUCCGCAGCAAAUGUAGCGAGAGACAUGUUGCAUAGCUUUCCUAAUAUUAGGAUUGGCCUGUUGAUAGGCAUCGGCGGCGGUGUACCAAGUUCAAAACACGACAUUCGUCUAGGAGAUAUAGUGGUCAGUACACCUCGCAAUGGGAACAGUGGCAUAUUCCAGUACGAUUUUGGCAAAACCAUACAAGGCCAACCUUUCCAAGCCACAGGAGUCCUAAACCAGCCACCAAGUGCCCUCCGGGCGGCUGUCAGCGGACUCAAAAGCCAGUAUGAGUGCGAAAGUCAUCAGCUAGAAAAGGCUGUCAAUAGGGUUUUGGAGAGAAAUCCACGGCUACGAAAGAAGUAUAAGCGGCCGGAAUCGGGAAGCGACAGGCUCUACCGAAGCGACUUUAUCCACCCUCUGGACAACGAAACUGGCUGUGCAGUAGCCUGCGGAGAUGACCUAUCUCGCCUGAUAAUGCGACACAAACGUACAGCGGAUGAAGAUAACCCGGCAAUUCACUAUGGCUUGAUUGCUUCAGCAAAUCAGUUAAUGAAGGAUGCUUUGGUUCGGGAUCGGCUUACGGCGGAAAGUGGUGUUCUGUGUUUCGAGAUGGAAGCAGCGGGGCUGAUGAACCAUUUCCCUUGCCUUGUCAUUCGCGGUAUUUGCGACUACGCUGACUCCCACAAGAAUAAGGAUUGGCAAGGUUAUGCAGCUAUGGUAGCAGCUGCAUAUGCGCGAGAUCUUCUUUAUCGACUCACUCCUAACAGGGUUGAAAACGAGAAGAGGAUUAAUGAAGUUCUUCUUGGCAUCCAUGCAACUAUCUCCAGGGUCGAAGUUAACGUUGGAAUAAUAAGUUCAAAAUUCAACAGAAACAAAGAGCUUGAAGCACUCGACUGGUUAACCCACUUUGAUUACGGCCCCCAACAGAGUGAUCUUCUUAGAUUGAGGCAACCAGGAACUAGCAAAUGGCUCAUCGAGUCCGCUGAGUACAAAGAUUGGCGAGAAACGAACGAGAAAACGCUGUUAUGCUCAGGCAUUCCCGGAGCUGGGAAGACGAUCCUAACUGCAGUAGUUAUUGACGACCUCGCCACGCAAUGCUUGAACAAUCAUACUCUUGGCCUGGCAUAUAUUUACUGCGACUUCCGGCGGAAGGAUGAUCAGAAGGCUGAAAAUUUAUUAGCGAGUAUUCUCAAACAACUAUCGCACUGCCGGUCUCCACUACCGACAAGUGUAAAAAUGCUCUACGAACAACAUAAAGAUAGACGGACACGACCAUCAUUGAAUGAACUGUUCAGAAGUUUACAAUUCGUGGCCUCAUUAUAUGCGAAAGUAUUCGUGGUCAUUGACGCGCUUGACGAAUGCAAGACUUCGGAUGACAGCCGAAACGUCUUCUUAUCCCGAAUUUUUGACCUACAAAAAGUUUGUUCUGUGAAUAUUUUAGCCACUUCUAGGCCAGUACCAGAAAUUAUGGAGAGGUUCAGCGGCGAUAAGUUGGAAAUUCGUGCGCAUGAAAGUGACGUGGAAAAAUAUUUAGAAGGGCGCAUUUCACAGGCUGGAUCAGAGCUCUUGAACACACAUAAGGAAGAAAUCAAGAGAAGAAUCACAGAACUUGCAGAUGGAAUGUUCUUGCUUGCACAUCUUCUCUUUGAUUCUAUAAAAACAAAGAUAACACUGAAGCAGAUCAAGGAGACAUUGUCAAGAAUUUCAAAGGGACCUGAAGCAUAUGAAAAAGCGUAUAAGGAUGCUCAAUGCCGAAUCGAAGGCCAGAAUCCUGAUGCAUCAAAACUUGCAAUGGAUGUCUUGAUGUGGAUCACUUGCUCUAAGAGGCAACUUAGUUCUUGGGAGCUUCAGGAGGCGCUUGCAGUGGAACCAGGGACACUGUGUAUGGACAAAGACAAUAUCCCGCAAGUUAAAACCAUGGUCUCUGUAUGCGCUGGGUUAGUCGUGGUUGACGAAGAAAGCAAGAUCAUGCGUUUAGUCCACCACACCGCGCAGGAAUAUUUUGAGAGGAACCAGAACUAUUGGUUCCCCUCCGCGGAGUCCCGCUUGACGAUUGUCUGUGUCACAUAUCUCUCAUUCGACCUCUUUGAAACUGGGUUUUGCGUGAAUGAUGAGGAUUUUGAGAUUCGAAUUCAGCAAAAUCCUCUCUACGACUAUGCAGCGCGGAAUUGGGGGCACCAUGCCCGUGCAGCUGGGAUUGAAACAGCAAGCAUCACCCAAAGUCUUCUGAAAAGCAACGCAAAAGUCUGCGCCUUGAGUCAGGCUCUGACAGUCUCUAAACCAAAGUGGUACCCGGGCUAUAGUCAAGGCAUAAGGCAGAUGACAGCCCUACACCUUGCCGCUUACUUUGGAAUCAAAGAGGCAGCAACUCAAGUUCUCGAAAGUCAGGGUUGCUGGGAUAUCAGGGAUAGUGAUGGUCGGACGCCGCUAUCUUGGGCAGCAGAGAACGGACACCUGGCCAUCGUGGAGCUGCUCCUUGAGAACGGCGCCUACCUUAGGUCAAGAGACAACUUCGGUCGAACUCCGCUUUCCAGGGCUGCAGCCAAUGGACACGAAAACAUCAUCAAGCUACUUCUUGAAAGACGUACGAACUUUCUGAAAGCAUUUUCAAUUAUCCGCAAGAUACUAAUAUGGAAAACGGCCAAACUUAUCUCCUCCAUCCUAGGCCACGCCUCUGCCCUGAGCCUAUCGCUGCCGUUCAAGAGCAAGACAGAACUCAACCCUGCAUUUGAAGCUAUCGAAGAUCAAGUUACACCCUGUGAAGAUUGGAGAGAAGCAGUAAACACGAUAGAUUUACAGGACGAUAUCGGAAGAACUCCCCUUUACUGGGCAAUUGUGAAACAGCAUACUCGCUCUGUGGACUUGCUGUUACAACAAGGGGCAUCAACUGAUUUGUGUGAUAAAGAGUCCAAGUGCGCUAUUCAUUUUGCUGCAGAAAUUGGUAACGAGGCACUUGUCCAACGGCUCCUCCAAAAUUCUGAAAUGAUUGAAGCAAAAGACCGUCAUGGGCGAUCGCCACUACUGUGUGCAGUGGAGAAUUUGCACGCCGGGGUGAUUCAUUCACUUGUUCAAGCAGGAGCACAAGUGAAUGUUUUCAACAAUAUGCAUAAAAAUCCACUGCACCUUAUCUCUCGGGGCCCUAGGCAUAAAGAUAGAUUUGCACUGCUGGGUUAUUUUAUUUCCCAGGGAACGUCUACAGGCCUCUGUGAUGUUAAGAACAUGACACCCUUUUUGUAUGCUUUAGUAAGUCGGUCUGAGGAUCUUGCUCUACUCUUCCUUGACACCGGAUUCGAGGUGAACUUUGGACUGCAUAGGCGAUGUUGGACCAGACGGAUGGAAAAUGUUCUCGAGACUUAUGGGCUUGAUGAAAGUUUCGAGAGAUCGAUUAGAGGAGAAUCUUCUGUCGGAUUGACUGCACUUCACUUUACAGCUCUGAACGGGAUAGUGGGAAUGACCAUGUUUCUACUUAACCACGGCGCUGAUCCCAAUGCUAUAGACGAAGAUGGUGACACGCCUUUACAUUUGGCAAUUCGAUGCCAGAUAGGAGGACACAAGUAUGAUGACCCCUGGGUGACUGGAGAGUAUGCGGUGGAGACGUUAUCCGACAUUAUCACCGAUUAUGAAGAAGAAGAAGAAGCGAACGAAGUAUGGGAAGUGAUUGAUCAAGCGAGGGAAAGUACGGUCCAGCAGCUUUUGAAAAGCCCAGAUAUUGAUGUCAACAUUGCAAAUAAUAACGGGGAAUUUCCACUGCAUGUGAUCCCAUUCGAAACUGGAAGUGCACACCUUGCCUUCACCGUCCUAUCGGCCCUUCUCGACCAUGGUGCGCAUGUGUCUAGGUUGAAUUCGAAGCGUCAAUCUUGCCUUCACCUAGCCAGCAAGGCAGGAAAUCUGGAUGCUGUUCGCAUACUUGUGGAAAAAGGAGGUGACAUUACAUUACUCGAUGUGUAUAACUUGAGUCCGGUCCACUAUGCUGUUUGCCACAAUCAUUCAGACGUCAUACGACUCAUGUACGAAAACUGCCACGAGCAACUCUCAAGAAUCUGCGUCCAAUAUGAUGAUCUAGGGAAGAGCAUGCUACAUUACCACGCUGAAUCAUUAAUGUGCUCUACUGAGAUGAUCAGUCUUCUCAUGAAGCUUGGCUGUGACGUGGAUAAACUUGAUACAGAGGGUAACUCAGCACUCAGUCAAUAUCUAAGGUCUUUCCAUUUGCAAAUCAAGUAUGACGUCUUCAAACUUCUUCGUGAGCGUUCAAGAACGGAAGGCAUACGCUGGACGGACCAGAAGCAACGAAAUCUUCUACAUCUCUUGAUGCGACAGUGGAGCGAUGACAACGUUCAUAUACUUGAGGAUCUGAUGGAUUAUGUGGACAUAACGACGAAGGAUGCUUAUGGCAUGGGUAUUGAACAUCAUGGCGCGAUCCACGGCGCAUUCAACAAAUUUCUUACACGAUUCCUUAGAAAAAGGGCCUAUCUCAACCUCCACAGCAAGGAUUUCAAGGGCAAAACACCUCUUCAGUAUGCCGAAGAAGAGGCCAACCGAAAGCGUCACCGGAAUCUUUUUCAAGGUCAUCGGUGGCAGAGGUCUUUGCAGAAUUUGAGGGAUGGCGAUGAAAAUGAUUGA